GUAUGAUUGUAGGUGUGCGACCAGCCGAGGACGAGCUGAAACCGUUACCAGCCUUUUCGAGACCAGUCUCGUGGCGUCGCUCGAUCGCGAACCUUGAUCCGAGGAAGGAAAACAGAAGAAUCCGAGGACCCUGUGCUUUUUCUCAAACGACCUACCGUUGCUACUCGCGAUUCCACGACGAACUGGCGCAGUCUGAUCGCGCUUUAAAGACCGACGGGUCGAUAAUGGGACCAAGUUGCCGCCUCCUUUGAUAUUCAUCAUUUUCGUGAUCGUCCAACUACCGAUUUUUCAACGGCCGAGCAAAUUUCGGAGGGAAAACAUGAAGGCAAUUUGCGGUUUCAUCCUGAUUCUAUUGUUUCGACAGGCAAUCAGCGGAAUCAUUAGAAAUCCACCAGCAUUUUCGAAGCCCGUUUACUCAGACUCGUAUCUUCCUGCAGCCAUGCAGGUGAUAUUUCAUGCCGUCGAGCAACUGAAACUUCUGCAAUCGGAAGAGACUUCGGAAGUCUCAAUCGUAACGAGCAGCUCGAAACCACCCAUCAAUGAUCCGAUACAAAAUGAGCAAUCAACCACUGAAAAAUUUCAAACUACACCCACGAGUACGUCAACGAUCCCACAGGAGGGGAUAAACAGCGACGAAGAAGAAUCAAACGUGAAUGAAACGUCUAAAGGGAUGGAAAAUUCGACGAAGACGAUCGAAGUUAAAGAAGAAUACAUUAAGGCUACGUCGAGCCAACCCAUCGAGGAUUCCAGUCAUCAAGAGUUGCCUGAGAUUAACCAAGAAACGCCAGAAGCGAACUACGCGACCCCAGAGACGAAUUACGAAGCUUCGGAACAGGUGCAUAAUGUCCAAGAGUCGAAUCAAGAAGUUCCUGAAGAAAAUCACGAAUCGACCGUCUCCUCCGAGGUUACAAAAACUUCGUUGAUCAAAGAAGCGACUGCCAAUUCUUCUGGUUCCUCUUUGGAAGAGGAUGGUAACAAAGAAGAUAAAAAGAAACCGACCAUCGAGAGUGUGGUACAAGGUGUCUACGAAAUUUUGAAACCAACCACGUCAAAAUUUCUAGACGAAGACGGUGAUGUUUCUGGGGAAUCGAAGAUGUUAGGAGUCAGUGUGGAGAAACUGGAGGGCAUAGAAGAUGAAGAGGAUGAGAACAGAUUUACGCGUCUGGGUGAAAAGGUGACCCAAGUUCCAAGGCCAAGCUUAAGCAGCUACUUGCGACGCUCCAAUGUGAGACCAAGCGCGACUCUUCAGCAACUGGCGAACCUUUACGACUCCCUCAGCAAAGACGCGAGGAAGCAAGGAUUCGGCAAAUACACAGGAUACUCCGACGAGGUUCUGAACACCCUCGAAACAUCGGCAGAGGGUGGAAUCGGGUCGCAGUUAAAAAAAAUCCUGGACAAAGUGUUAGAAAGAAACGAGUUGACGAGGGACGACGCUAAGACCAGGACUCAUCAAGCUGUUCGCGAUCUUAAUAAUCCUUCGAGCACCCUCAAUAAGGAACUGAGACCUAUAUUGCCUUUACGAUACUCGCCCUAACUUCAGAGUAUAUUUCAAUUUGUCUUCUUUCCGAGGACAUCGAAAAAUAAUAAUUAAGAAGAAAAUUAUUUAUAUUGUUUCUUUCCCCUUUUUAAUUCUUACUGAAGAUCUCACCGUUCGUUAGCGAUAUUAAAAUCAAUACUAUAAAUGUGAUGUAACCGAGAUUACUAUUCAUGUAUAAUUAAUACUGAAUAAAAAUUUCAAAUAUGA